CAGCGAUUGGCAGGUUGCGUAGGGCAAGAGGUAUGUAGCUGCGUUGACGGACAGUUGCUUGAAGGCGCCUCAUGACGAAGUGGCCCCUUGGCAUAGACCCAGUCACACUGCUUCAGAAAAACGAUAACGGCAACCCGAUCGCAUAUCCCCGAGAAGAUAGGUCAUCCGAACAAAGUGGAAACAUAAUUUUAGUAAUAUAACACGAUAAAAGUAAUAUAGCAAGAUAAAGUAGAACUAUCUGACAAUGAGAUGUGAAUUUUAUUGCAUGAGAAAAUACCGAUUCCGUCACCAGUGAAGUGUUAAAAGUGAAUUCAGAUGUCGAUCGAAAUUCUAUCAGAGACCAGGAAGGAUCGAUAAAUUAUUCACUCCAAAACGAACGAGUGGAGGAUGCCGUACGGAAAGCUUCACGUUCUUCCGUUAAGCCUGUUUAUCCUAAUUCCAGUGACGUUUCUAAUUACGUACACCAUAUCCGUGCAGUGGGAUCACGUAGUACCAGGAUUUCCUUACAUAUCGGAAACGGGCACUUUGUCUCCAGAAUCGUGUAUAUUUGCCCAACUUCUUAACAUAGCAACUUUACUGCUUGCCUGUUGCGUGUAUAUCAGACAUCGGCAAGUUUCGCAAUGGCAAACGGAACGGGGCAGCGAACUCGUCAGCAAAAAAAUCGUUGUCGUGACAGCCUGGUGCGGGGCUUUAGCUUGUUUCGGCCUAGACAUUCUGGCUAAUUUUCAAGAAGCUCGUGUCGUCGCAGCCCACAUGAUUGGAGCUAUGACCUGUUUUACAGCUGGAACCGUUUACUUUUGCCUUCAGACCUACUUAAGCCACAAAAUGGUGCCAGCCGUGAAUGGACCCAUCAUCGUCUACGUCCGUGCUGGCCUAUCAACGCUGACAUUGAUUUUGACAGUAGCUACAAUCGCACCCGGCUACAUGUCUAUGAUGGAAUUCCAAGGCAAUGAUUACAAGAAAUGGUUGCCAACGGAUGGUGGCUGGGGUUGGCAUGUUGCUAGCGCUAUCUCCGAAUGGGUUCUGGUGAUUGUCUAUUGUGCUUUCCUAGUAACAUUCGUGCCGGAGUUUCGAUUAAUCAAUUUUGAGGAUCCUGUUGUCACGCUGAUAUAUUUAGACAAGGAUCCUGACCUAAAAAUAUUGCAGAAGUUGGAUUCGCAGAACCAAGAAUCUUGAAACUGUCAGAAGAGAACUACUUCGUUAAAUUUCAUAUGUUAUGUUUCUUUUGAGCUAUUCUUUUAUGAACGAUUUAAACGAUGCAAUUGCGCGGUUCAAUUUAUUUCGCUGUCUCCUCUCACUUUACACGUCCUGGAUCUAUUUCAUAUAAGUUGAACAUGUAUAAUAAUUCCAUAUAAUUGGUUAGACAAAAUUAAAUAUUAAAUGCCGAACAAAGAAUUGUGUCAACGUGAUCUAGAAUAACUGCACACCGAGACUAUUGAAUAUUAAAUCAAUAAAGCCCGCUUUGUUCUGUAGAAUUUUGAAUGUUACAUUACAUCAAUACAAUGACAAAAUCGAAUUUAUUCGAAUAAAUAAAUUUAUCGAAUAAAAAUCACCGAGAAUAUUCAGUUCGUUCGCUUUAACGCUGCAUAGUUUUUGAUUUGAGAGAUACGAAAUUUCUAACGAAAUGAAAAAAUUCAAGCAACGUUUAAAUGAAGAAAAUGGAAAUUUCCGGAUGGUAUAAAAGCUCAUGCCGAACGAAAACUGUAUAUGUCGAUCGAAAUUACUUGAAAUAAAAUAUUAUUUUCCAACGUG